CAGCGAUAAACUUUUCAGAAAGGCUAUAGAGAAACGAAGCGAGAACGUUUUUGUUUGUUGUCUUGUUUUAUUUUGUUUAGACAGUGUGGUGUGUAAUGGCCAAGCGCAAUUUUGCUAACACCAGUAGCGGUGCUGCUCAUGUUUAUGUUCAUCCUCAGGCUUUACACACAAACAGCUGUAAGAAUGCACCACUUCCUCCUCUUCUACAGAGACGAGUUCCCGGACUCCCACGUUACAGCAUCACCUCCCACACGGAGCAUGACCCCAAACCUGUGGAGAGUGUUUUGAGAAACGUCAUCUAUUCGAAACCGGCUCCACACUGGCGCACGCAUUUCCUCAAUGGCUUGGCUCAGAAGCUGCGAGACAGUGAAUCAGUCAGACUUGCCUCUGUGCCAUCUGUCAGUGAGAUGCGAGAUCAGUACAGUGGACGAUCAGCACUGUACGAGCCUCUGGAUCCUCACUACAGGGUGCUGCAGACACUGCAUGGACAAAUCCAUCAGUCUUCGGUUCUGCUGCCCAGAGAGCCGGAGCUCAGCACCGCACACGCGGACUACAGGCGCUUCAGCAGGUCUGAAUUGGCUCAUCUCUCCCCCUCAAAUGCUUCACCAAUCCAUGGACACUUCACCAAGAGUGCCCCACUGCCCCGCCUCCAGGCUCACAAGGCCCCGCCCAGCGCAUCCUCUCAGCUCCAGUUGCCCUGCCCACCCGUACCGAUACCCCACGGAGGCAGAAGCAGCGUGUACAUGGAUAGUUUCCAUGUACCUGCGCCUCUGCCCAUGUCCUCUGACACCUCCAUGACUGUCCUUGCUGGGACAGAGGAGAAUGGGCGGAGCUUACUGCAGCACAUCCUGGGCGUGCCUGAGAUGUACAACACAGAGAACCAGACGUAUGGGAAAGGGAGGAUGGUGCUGGUGUAAGAUAGAGUACACCGCAUCCAUUAUUCACCAGAUCUAGCCAUUUUUAUCCACUCACUUAAUAAUAAAUGUUCA